UUUUUUUUUAAUUAAUUAAUUAAUUAAUUUUUAUUAUUAUUAUUUUAUUAUUAUUUAGUUAAACUCAGGAAUGUGUAAAGUCCCGGUCCACACUCCAUAUCAGUAGGUGGCGGUAAUACACCAAAAAGUUGUUUGUCAACCGCCAUAAAACAACACAAAGAAGAAGAAGAAGAAGAGGGUUGGAUUUUCUCGCGUGGAGAGUUUUGGCCCUCCUGGCCUCCCGUAGCCGGACGCAGAGCAGCUGUCAGCGGGGAGCUGCUGCUGUCACAGCGGCUAGCUUACACUGGUACCUGAUCAGGAAAACGGAGCAUGGCGGGUGUGCACCCCCAGGACGACCUGCUGAAGAUGACCCACAGAGAGAACUGGAAGGUGCAGCAUGAGCGUCUGCACGUGAAGCACCGAGGUCAUGAGGCCAUGCACGCUGAGAUGGUGCUGAUCCUCAUCGCCACGCUGGUGGUGGCUCAGAUAGUGCUGGUGCAGUGGAAGCAGCGGCACCACCGCUCCUACAACCUGGUGACACUUGUCCAGAUGUGGGUGGUUCCUCUUUACUUCACCAUCAAACUCUACUGGUGGAGGUUUCUGUCCAUGUGGGGCAUGUUCUCCGUCGUCACCAGCUAUGUCAUCUUCAGAGCCACUCGCAAGCCGCUGUCCUGCAGGACGCCGAGGAUGGUGUACAAGUGGUUCUUGUUGAUCUACAAGCUGAGCUACGCAGUGGGCGUCCUCGGCUACCUGGCCAUCAUGUUCACCAUGUUCGGCUUCAACGUCUUCUUCAGGAUCAAGGCCGAGGACUCGAUGGAUGUCGGAGUCAUCAUGCUGUUCUACGGCCUUUACUACGGCGUCAUGGGACGAGACUUUGCUGAAAUCUGCUCUGACUACAUGGCGUCUACAAUCGGGUACUACAACAAGGGAGGCAUGCCCAGCAGGAGCCUCACCAACGAUAUCUGCGCCGUGUGCGGUCAGAGGAUCCUGGUGGACAUCGAGGAGGAAGGGUUUAUAGAAGACACCUACCAGCUCUCCUGUGGACACAUAUUCCACGAGUUCUGCAUCCGUGGCUGGUGCAUUGUGGGUAAGAAGCAGACGUGUCCAUACUGCAACGAGAAGGUCGACUUGAAGAGGAUGAUGAACAACCCCUGGGAGAAGACACACGUCCUGUACGGGCAGCUUCUUGAUUGGCUGAGAUACCUGGUAGCCUGGCAACCCAUCAUCAUCGGCAUCGUCCACGGGAUAAACUUCUCCCUGGGCCUCGAAUAGAGCCCUGAGGAACGCCGCUGUAAGUACGUCCUGGAGUCGAGACAAAGUGCUAAAAUAAAAAAAACCCUGUCAAAGUCAGCAGCGCUACAAGGACCUGAUUCAGGCUGCUGCUGAAGUCUUUAGCUCCCCUUGUUUGUUGUUUGACUGAACGCUUGCACAGUUUCCAGCAGACUGAUCCCAGGCCGUCUGGUUUCUCCGUGUACACUGACACUGUGAUGCCAAAAACUGCUGCCGACUUGAACAAAAAUAUUUAAGCACAGAACGAUUAUUUGAUCACGAUUCAAAAAUGUUUGACACAAAGAAGAUCCGCUGGAGUUUGGAACUUAUGGAAGUGUUGCCGUCGUGCAUGUUGUUUUUAUCUUUGCUUUACUUUGUACUGUGUCCUCAAAAUGCCUUUUUAAACAUCUUAUAGUUUGCACACUCCUCACCGCCGGUUCUGCUGACACCACUGUUCUUUUGAGAGACUUUAUCUGCACAUUACAAAAAAGGAUUCUGUCCGGAAAGUUGUGGUACACAUCACAUGUUUGCAUUUCACACGACUUUUUGUUUAUUACAAAAGUUUUAUUUGGAAUGUUUGUCCUGUUAUGUUUUAAUUGUUUUUGAUGCUUAAUGGAUGACUUAUCGUAGCAGUUUGGACUCUGAAUGUCACAGUAACGUUUCCGAACAAGACUCAUUAUCGCUGCCGCCAAUCCUCCGAGAUGUAAACUCUCACAGUGUGGACUUUUACUAUUGCCUUUUACUAUUCUUUCAACAUGGCGGCAUGUGCCCCACAACUAUGGUAGCCACCCUCCAAACACUCAGUAACAGGAGUUGGGAUUUGAAGAAUGUCUCGUGCAGUGACGGGAAGAAAGUUUUCUUUUGCCAAAUCACAUUGACAUUGCUUUUGUUAUCAAGACAGCUGCUGAUAUUAACUUUGUAUUUAUUAAAUAUUUAUAAAACCUC